AUGAACUCUGUAACAACCUCGACAAUAGGCCGCCUGGCCUUCGGCGUUUCGCGCCUCAGCGCCGUCACCAACGUUGCCGGCGCCGUGCGCCACGCCAGCACACACCCCACCACCGCAAUCCCAAAACCGACCACAGCGGUUCUCAAGACAAGCCCAUUGGCCGAGGAGACGGCUGUCGAGCUCAAGAGCCCAUCCAGGCUGCAGCUCAAGUCAGAGCCAGGAAACAAGGGCAACCCCAAGGGCCAUGGCGAUCGCAUCUGGGCGUUUCACCACAUUGAGCAAGGCCAGGUGAUCUACUCGACCAAGCCUGUUAUCUCUCACCAACACCUCAUCCGCCAACAACCCUUCACCGGCAAGAACCUCGUCCCCCGCAAGAUCCGCAAGGACUACUGGCGCCCACUCGCCAUGAUCGAGCUGGCGGGCAAGGACCAAGGUGCGGUCGGCCGAUCCGUCUACCAGAAGCUGCGAGAGUUCAAGAAGCGGCACGAGCUGGACUGGGCCAACGAGGCCGAGGAAGGCCGCAAGCUGAUGCACAAGUCCAAGCGUGAGCGCGGCCAGGAGCUCAACGACCAGAAACCCAACAGCGUGGCUGAUAUGGCGGCCGUGCUGGCGGGAGCCGGCAAGGGUAACCUCAUGUGGCAGGUGUCUCGCGUUGGGUCUUCGUCAGAAUUGGUGGGCGAGAUCAAGAAGGCGAGCGGGGCGGUGGAAAAGGGAGCUGUUGUCGACGUCAAGAGGCAGCUGAGAAGGGCAACGGUGUACUGGACCAACGAGCAGGAUAAGUUCCACGCGAGGGAGUGGAGCGAUAACGUCAGCCAUGAGGUUGGUAUCCCUGGCGAGGCCGAGAAGAAGAGGAUGCCUAUUAGGAUGAGCAGCGAGUAA